AUUCACCCAACAGCUUUCUGUGAACUUAUUUUACCUGCUUUUCCCGUGCGUCAUCUUCCAAGUACACUUGCUGACGUAAUCAAAUGCGGACUGGUUUGGUCAGUUGACUUUUUGAAAAUAAAAAAGAACCCGUUGAAGAAAUGAUAACAGAAAACAACACCCAAUUCGAAGCUAGCUAACGUUAGCUAUUUAGCCAGCUGUUGCUGUCAACGUGAAAGGAGGUGAAUAAUUCUACGGAAACCAAAUAACGGGAAGACGACCCACACAUAGUGGGCACUGUGCCCAGGGAUGGGAUCUACAUAAGUCUGGGACAAGCAACAGCACGUCCCUUUCACUGGGACAACAUGAAGUUUCCGAGGUUAGCCGCCGCGUUUCUUCUCCUGGCAAGUUUGGUGGUCUACCUGACGUACGUGAGAAAGCCGGGGGUCUCCAAGCUGCCGCCGCCGCCGCACCAUCUCUCCAGAACGGUCUUGCCCGACCUCAGCAGGGACCGUUUCCAGUAUGGGAUUAUGAUCGACGCGGGGAGCACUGGGACACGGAUUCACGUCUUCCAGUUUCUGCUAGGAGAAAAUGCAGCACCACAGUUAUCCCAUGAAACUUUCAGAGCAAUAAAACCAGGUCUGUCUGCAUAUGCGGAUGAUCCAGAUAAGUGUCGGGACGGGGUCCAGGAGCUUUUGGAGGUGGCCAAGGGGACUGUACCCAAGUCCCAGUGGAACAGCACCCCCCUGGUCCUAAAAGCUACAGCGGGGCUUCGGCUGCUGCCUGGGGAGAAGGCCACACACCUUCUGGACAAGGUACGGGCGGUCUUUACGGAGUCGCCCUUCCUGUCCAGAGGGGACAGCGUGUCUAUCAUGGACGGCACAGAAGAAGGUAUUUCAGCAUGGAUCACAAUCAACUUCUUAAUAGGGGGUCUCCACGAUACAGAUCGGAGUACGGUCGGCACGCUGGAUUUAGGAGGGGGCUCCACGCAAAUCACCUUCUCCCCACAGGAUGAGAAAUCCAUCCAGACCUCGCCCAUUGAUUACAUAACCUCGUUUCAGAUGUUCAAUCACACCCACACACUCUACUCACACAGCUACCUGGGCCUUGGGCUGAUGUCAGCCAGGCUGGCGAUCCUGGGAGGAGUGGAAGGCCAGCCUCAGGGCAGCACAGAGCUGGUCAGCCCCUGCCUGGCUCCUGAAAGCUCAGAGCACUGGAGACAUGCGGAAGUGGACUACACUGUGAAAGGACAGAAGGCAGGGGAGCCCAUAUACGAGUCCUGCCUCCGGAAGGUGGAGAAGGUUCUCUACAGGAAGGUGAAAAAAGCAGAGGAGGCCAAAGAUGUAAACUUCUACGCCUUCUCCUACUACUACGACAGAGCGGUGGACAUCGGGGUCAUUGCUGAAAACAAAGGAGGUGCUAUUAAAGUAAAUGACUACAUUGAAGCCGCCAAGGAGGUGUGCAACAGUAUGGCGGAGACUCCACCCAAACACUCCUUCCUCUGCCUGGACCUGACCUACAUAUCGGUGCUGCUGCAAGAGCUGGGCUUUCCAAAGGACAAAGAGUUAAAGCUGGCGAGGAAGGUAAACGACGUGGAGACCAGCUGGGCGCUAGGAGCGACUUUCCAUUACGUCGAGUCGCACUUGAGAGACUGAGCAGGUCCCCGCAAUCACAGGCGAUGAAGACAAGAUGGCCGCCCCACCGUGCCAAACGAACUAUGCUGCUGCUGCAGAGUGGGUCGGCAUCGAUACCGAUGAUUGUAUUCGUUUUUACUUAGUUUAGAAGGUGAAGUUUGUUUUUUUGUUUUUACUCAUUGGCGGUAUGUUGCCACAUUUGCAAUUGCUCAGCUGAGCAAAGAUGGCUAAAUGUGUUUUGUAUGUCGAAGGAAUGUCUUUUGUUGGGGGUAACCCAACACAGAAGGUACCGUUGUGUAUGAAGAAGCUUGGCUAAGGGGAGUGGUUCUUUGAUCACGUUAAGUGUGUUAUGAAUGUGAAAAUGGUGUUUUUUGUGUGUACUUACGUUUUAUAUGCAUUUUGGGGAAAGGUACGGGGUAACUGGUACAUCAACUUCCCCUCUGACUAUACAAUACAUAGUUAAUGAAAUGCAAAGGUAAUUCUGUAAAGUUCUACUGGCUAAUUUCCAAAUUUCAGCAAGAGUAAUGCUAAGAGCAAUGGAUGUAUACUUAGACGUAUAUUUUCCAUUCCUUAAUAGUAUUCCUUCAUGAUCAUUGUUGACAUGGUGUACUCCAAGCUAGUGUAUACUUCUGAGGUGGACUGUUGCUUCUUUAGGAUAAAUUGGUAUUUAACAUCAAGAAUGUCCUCUCACCAAGUGAGAAAAAUAUGAUGAGCAAACAGACAGAAGGCCUGAUUUCAUAAAUUAUUCAAGGUUAUCCAGUCAUUCUGAUGACAAAGGUUAUUACCAUUGAUCGUCUGCAUCCACACACUGGAUUGACCGUUCUUUUCAGUUAAUGUUCAUUUUGCCUUCUUUGUGUAACACACGAUACACCUACAUCCAUUCUCCUGCAGUCUGGACUCCUUAUUGUACGGUAAAUCAAAUGAUAUAAUUUGUAAUGAAUCAAUAAAGCAAGUUGGUUGAUUGCCCCCUCCGUUA